AUGACAGGCAUCGGAAUUUUGUACGGGGUCACCUCGUUCACGUUGUUUGGUGUCAUGCCCGUCUAUUACAAGUUUCUAUCCACCGUGCCAGCGUUCCAGAUUGCCCUGCAGCGAUUCACAUGGACACUUCCGUGGACGUUCAUGUUGCUGCUGGCGCUUCGACAGCACAAAAUAUUUGCCCGCGAAGCCUUCACCAAAGCCAAUCUCGCCCUCUAUAGCAUCACCGCGGGGCUCGUAGCCGCCAGCACCCUCCUCGUGAUCUGGGCUGUCAACUCGGGGUACCUUCUCGAAGUCAGCCUCGGCGCGUUUCUCAACCCCAUCACGAUCGUGACCUUUGGCGUGGUGGUUCUCAAGGAAAAGCUGCGCCUGUGGCAAGUGGUGGCGGUGGCGUGUGCCGCGAUCGGGGUCGGUAUCUUCGCGAUUGCGUACGGCAAGUUUCCAUGGGUGGCCAUGCUUCUCACGACGAUUGACGGAUCGUACUCGUACGUUAAGAAGAAGGCCCCGCUCACGCCCUUGCAUGGGAUGGUGCUGGAGUCGUUGCUUAUGUUUCCUGUGGGGGUUGUGGGGGUCGUGGUGUUGGAGGCUCAAGGCGCGAGUGUGCUCGGUCAUGUGUCGACACAAACGGACGUCCUCUUAAUCGGCACGGGCAUCUUUGCAAACCUGCCGCUUGUGUUCUUGGUUGCGGCGACGCAGCUGGCGCCGUUGUACGUGAUAGGGCUCAUCGCGAACCUCGCCCCCACGAUCCAGUUCUUCUUUGGCGUGUUCGUGUACAACGAACCGUUCACGACCACGACCCUCGUUGGGUUUUGCUUUCUCUGGCUGUCCAUGGGCGUGUUUGCAGUCGACAGCUUCCGCGACUACAAAAAGUCGCUGUUGCCGUCGUCCGCAUCCCAAGAUGGCGCCGUGGUCGUGGUCGUUGUAGCCAGUCCCCACAAGGACACGGAUGACAAUUCGUUCACGGGCGUAGAUUACGAAGCCGCUAAACACCCCUGA